AUGGCUGAAGCACUUGUGGUUGGAGCACUAGUUAAUGGCUUGGCCAACGUUGUUCUUGACAGGCUCAUUUCAUCUGAGUUUCUCAACUUGGUGGUGGGCAAGAAGCUGGAUCGGAAGUUGGUUGAGAAGCUGAAGACUGCUAUCUUGGCGGCCAAAGCUCUGGCUGCUGACGCUGAGCAGAAGCAGUUUGGAAACGAACUCGUGAGGGAGUGGCUUGAUAGUCUCAAAGAUGCUCUCUACACUGCUGAUGACUUGCUGGACCGUCUCUUCAUCAAAGCUGAAAUUCACAACAAGGUACGCAUUCGUCUUCCUCACUUCCUUGAUCUGUCUGGUAGGAAGAUGGUGACUAAGAUAGAAGAGGUGGUUGAAAGAAUAGAAGAUCUUGAGAGACGCAAAGAUACCCUUGGUCUCAGAGAGAUUCAAACAGGAAGCUCUUCAUGGAGACCUCCAUCCACUUCUCUUGUGAAGGGGAAUGUGUUCGGCAGGGAUGGUGACCAACAGGCACUAAUGAAGAUGCUCAAUGACAACAAUCAUCAUAACUUGUCCGUCAUCUCUGUUGUUGGUAUGGGCGGGGUUGGUAAAACUACUUUAGCGCAAUGGCUCUACAACAAUAAGGAUUUGAUGGACGGGGUUGAUCUGAAAGCAUGGAUUUGUGUUUCUGAAAAUUUUGAUGUUGUUGAGACUACAAAGAAUGUUAUAAAGGGGAUCUCUUCAGGUGUUUGUAGUCUUGAAGGCUUUGAUUUACUUCAACAAGAUUUGAAGGAAAAACUGUCAGCAAAGAAGUUCUUCAUUGUUUUGGACGAUGUUUGGAGUGAAGAUGCUGACAGGUGGAAUAGUUUUAUCACCCCUUUUCAACAUGGGAGAAAGGGAAGCACUAUUCUUGUAACUACCCGCAAGGUAAAUGUUGGUCGAAUAGUCCAACACUAUAACUCUUACACCCUCAAUCAACUGUCAGAUGAUUAUUGUUGGUCUAUUUUUGCGGACAAUGCAUCCUUUCCUGAAUCAAAUGGGAGCUCAGAACUGGAAGGAAUAGGUAGAAAGAUUGUCGAGAGGUGUGAUGGCUUGCCGUUAGCUGCAGAAACACUUGGACGCUUGUUGCGCUCAGAGCAUCGUGCUGAAGAAUGGAAUAAAAUACUAUGGAGUGACAUUUGGGAAUUUCGUCUGGCAAAUUGUAAGAUUGUUCCUGCAUUAUGA